AUGAAAGCCGUUGUUUUAUUUCCCUUUCUAUUCGUAUUAAUGAAAAUUUACUUAUGUUGGGACGUAAUGCAGAUCGGGGGAAAACAAGCCCGCUUUGACCGUUUUGACGGCAUGUGUCGCGGCUACAAAAACAUCAAAAUUUUGUUCAAUUAUUACGGCUUCCAAAACAUCGGUAAUAAACUCUACAUGAACUCGACGAUAACAGUAAAAGAAGACAUCACCGCCCCACCGACGUUGACCCUCAAUAUCAAGAGAUGUCGCUCGAAGGAAAACCUCGACACUUGUGAAGACUUCUACUCUUUCACUUCCAAGCAAUACUGCAAGUUGAUUCAGUCCGAUUCGGAAUUGUGGAACCCGUUUUUCGCCAGUAUUGAGCCCAAAUGGCGUUGUCCCAUCAAAAAAGGGGUCUACAAGUCGAUCAAUAGCAGUUUUGAUGUGACCGCAAUUCUGUUGUUUCCCGUCGAUGGGUGGUUUUGGAGGGUCAGAGGUGACAUGUUUGAUGGACAAAGUGGGAAAAGGAUUAUGUGUGUGAUUGUCGAAGCCAAAGUCAUGUUCAAAAAUACCGCCUGA